AUGGCCUACUUCAAGGACACCCACAACCCCCGGCCCAAGGACUUCAUGUCCAAGUUCUUGAGCGGACACAACGCCGAGGAUAGGGAUAGGGAUAGGGAUAGGGAUAGGGAUAGGGAUAGGGAUGGUAGGGAUGUUAAGCGUAGACUGAACUGGGAUUCCGGUGCUGACAGUCAACCGCAGACUCAGCCCAAUGUGAGCGCAAUAAAGUUCGCCUCAAAAGUCAUUUUCAAAGCGCCGUCACUACCAAAAGUGCGGCCAGUUGUGGCCAACUUUGGUCUUGUUUCCACCACUGCCCCUACCAUACCGACAACACCGCCACCAAAGCCCAUAACUAUAACCAAAUAUACCAUAAAAAGUCCGCAAACGCCCGUCGAGUCCGAGGAUGCGGUCACCCCUUCAAAAGGAAAGCAUCGCUACGAGACCUCAUUGGGACAGUUGACCCGCAAGUUCAUCAGUUUGCUUCAGAACGCAUCCGAUGGUAUCCUGAAUUUGAACGAAGCGUCCACUGUAUUACAAGUCCAGAAGCGCCGCAUCUAUGAUAUCACGAACGUCUUGGAAGGCGUGGGACUUCUGCACAAGACAUCCAAAAACAAUAUUCAAUGGAAAGGCGGUUCAAUAGACGGCGGACCGCAAGCCUGUUCGUCAUCGACACUGCAAUCGGAGUCCGUAAUCGCGAAGAAGAUCCACAUAGAGAUGGAAAACGCGAAACUCGACGCCAAAGAACGAGAGCUCAACGAACUGAUCGAAAUGGCCAACAAUGAGCUCCGGGCCGCUCACGACAACCUCGACAACAAGAGGUUCGCGUUUGUCACGUAUCGCGACAUCCGUGGAAUCAAAGAAUUUUCAGACCAGACUGUGAUAGCAAUUAAAGCACCCUCUGAGACAAAACUCGAAGUACCCGAUCCUAGAGAGAGCCUUCAAAUAUGGUUAAAGAGCGAAAAGGGAGAGAUCGAAGUAUACCUGUGCCCUGACGACGAUGGCAUGACACUUAACUCUGAUGAUGGAAAGGGAGGAUCUGUUCACUCGGAUCUAAUGAGCAUUAAUGGAGAUAAUCAAGAGAACGACGGAUCGAAAGCCGAAGAAACUGCCCUAAAGUUUGCGUUCAUAUCGGAAGACGACGACUUGGGACCCAUGGGUUCGAAGAGUUUUCUGAUGCAAACUGAAGACCAGUUGAAACUCGCCAAUGAAACCGCAUUGACCUCAUCCGACCCGACCUCUAAUCUGCCAUUUUUGCAUUUAGAGCCCCCGCUCUCCGAAGAGGACUAUAAUUUCACUCUCGAGGAGAGCGAAGGCAUCGCCGACUUGUUUGACGACGACUUCUCCUUAACGUGAAUACUGUCCGAGAUUCGUGUCAUCCGAUCGUCUCUUUGAUUCCCAAAUCGUUUGAUAUCUUAUUUGACGAAUGGAUUAUUGAUAACUAGAGUUCAAUAUAAGAUAUGAUAACCGAAACUGAAUAGACAUUUGAACGACUCAUUUAUUUACAGCUUUAGUUAGCUAUUAAUGAUUGCAUUAUUUAUGAUUUUAAUUACAAAAUUUAUUUACUGAUUGUAAGUAACUUUAGCUCAUUAAGUUAAUUCAUACACACAUACACACACCCACUAACCUCCAGGCGUCGCGUUAUUAUAGCCUCGGUUUUAUGAUUUUCUUAAUAUCUUAUAUUUUAUCGUAAAUUAUUGAACAUUAAUAUUAUAUUUUAAUUUCUAAUAUAAAAUGCAGUAAUUGAUGAAGUUAUGUAUUUUAUACACUUUUUUUUAUAAACAACACCUUAUUGUACAGUUUUGACUGAACGUACGGCGCCUUCCCUUCGAGACCACCUCUGGAAGAGCGCAGAGAUAUUGUCUUUUUAGUUGAAUUUUAAUUUUGAAAUGUUUUGAGUUCUUUGCAUACAAUUUGUUUUGUACUCAAACUUCUUAAACUUAUUUAUUAUUAAUUAUUUAAUCGACUUUAAAAUUGUUUUAAUGCCUAUAAAGUUGGUGUCGAAAACCAAUUAUAUGAUUGACUUUUCUUUCUAUUAUUUAUGUAUUAUUUAUACGUUGCCAUCGAUUGAUCCGAUCGUAACGACAAAAUUUUUUCAAUAAUUUAAACCCUUUUCUAAUUUAAUUGUUUAUAAAUGAAAUCAAAUCUGUGUUUCCGAUGAUUGUGUUCGGAAUCAAAUCAGUUAUGAGUCCA